ACAAAACUAGAAGUAAGUAAGAACACGAUGAUAAAACUUGUAGCUAUAUUUUGCCUUUUGACCUUGUUUGGGUUAAGCAAUGCAGAUAUUCAGGCAAACAAGCUAUUUGAGUUGUUAAAAUCCAAAAGAUCAAGAAACACACCUGUUCUUAACACCUUGACUCUUUUAAAUGAAGCUACUGAUGAGUAUACUCCAGUAUACAUUGCCCCUCAAGACGGUCUGGCACAGCUCGACAAGAUUUUGGCAUUGCCUGGCCAACCUGAAGGUGUCAAUCUUAAUCAGUACUCUGGAUAUGUAACAGUCAAUCCCAAUGCUGGCAGGGCUCUUUUCUAUUAUUUCGUUGAGUCUCCCACUGAUUCUUCGACUAAGCCAUUGGUCUUGUGGCUAAAUGGAGGGCCAGGAUGUUCAUCCAUGAUGGGAGCCAUGACAGAACUAGGACCGUUCAGAAUCAACAGCGAUGGGAAAACCCUCUUCAUGAAUGAUUAUGCAUGGAGCAACGUUGCAAAUAUGCUGUUCCUUGAGUCCCCUGCUGGAGUUGGCUUCUCAUAUUCAAACACAACUUCUGAUUAUGAUCGUUCUGGUGACAAGAACACUGCAGACGAUGCUUAUGUUUUUCUUGUUAACUGGCUUGAGAGAUUCCCUCAGUACAAAACUCGUGAUUUUUACAUAACUGGAGAAAGCUAUGCUGGACAUUAUGUACCACAACUUGCAUACGCCAUUCUUCUCAACAACAAGAAAACAAACCAGACAAUCAUUAAUAUCAAAGGGAUUGCUAUAGGAAAUGCAUGGAUUGAUGACGAAACAAGUCUAAAAGGAAUGUUUGAUUACUGGUGGACUCAUGCUCUAAAUUCAGAUGCAACACAUGAUGCCAUUUUAAAAUACUGUGACUUUGCGAGUGAUUCUUCAUCUGCAAUGUGUGACAAUAUUACAGACAAAGCUUUCAUUGAGAAGGGAAAUAUUGAUAUAUACAAUAUCUAUGCACCCAUUUGCUUGACACCUAACCAAAGAAAUACGUCGACCGUUCCUGGUUCUAUUGACAAUUUUGAUCCAUGCUGGCAAUCAAUCCUUGAAUUCUAUCUCAAUGACUCCAUGGUGCAAAAGGCCUUGCAUGCAAAACCUACAUCAUGGGAACUAUGCAGUGAGGUUAUCACAAGCUGGAACGACAGUGCAGUUACCAUCAUACCAAUAAUCAAAUAUCUUAUUGAAAAUGGACAAAGGCUUUGGGUAUACAGUGGGGAUGUAGAUGCACGGGUUCCAGUUACUGCUUCUAGGUACUCCAUCAACAUUCUCAAUCUUCCCAUCGAGACAGCUUGGCGGCCAUGGUACCUAAAUAAGGAGGUUGGAGGGUAUUUAGAGGCAUACAAAGGACUGCUUCUGAUAACCGUUAGGGGCGCUGGCCAUGCUGUUCCUAGCUACCAGCCACAACGUGCCUUGGCUUUGUUCUCAUCGUUCCUCGGAGGAAUACUCCCUCCAUCCUCAUAAUCAUACUAGUGCUUUAAAAAUUCUAAUAUAGCUUUUAUUUCCUUGUGAACAAGUUUGACAACAUAUCAGAUGUCAAAUAGUUGGUGUCUACAGUUGACCCAAUUUGUAGUUCCUAGCUUUUAUUGUUGUUAAAGAAAUGUACUGUCUUUUAACAUUGCA